GCCCGGACGCAUAUAGAUGUAGCACCGGCUCUGUGAGUUUGGCAUCGCUGCAUAGACCCGAGCAGGUCAGAUAAACAGCGAUAUUAAAAUAAGCCAGCUCUCAUUUCAGCGGCACCAGGAGGGAAGGUUCAUCCCAUCAACAUGGCAGAAAGCAUAAUCGUCCGUAUUCAGUCCCCAGAUGGAAUGAAAAAAAUCAGCUCUACUAAGCAUGAGACAGCUGCAGCUUUCCUCAAGAAGGUUGCCAAAGAGUUUGGCUUCAAUUCAAAUGGCUUCUCCGUUUACCUGAACCGGAACAAGACUGGUGAGAUCCUGUCACAAAACAAAGCCCUCAGCCUGCUGAAAAUCAAGCAUGGCGACAUGCUUUUUCUUUACCCAUCUUCAGCUGGACCCUCCAGUGAGAACAUGGACACAGCACAGCCUCACACCUCUUCCUCUUUCCCAUCCUUCCCUUCAUCCUCCUCCUCUUCUUCUUCUUUAUCCCGCUCACACUCUGCACCACAGAUCCCAGAGGAUGAUAUUGACCAGUAUCUGUCCAAGCAGGAGGGAAAGAUCUACAGAAACCGAGACCCCCAACUGUGCCGGCAUGGUGCCAUGGGGAAAUGUGUGCACUGCGUACCUUUAGAGCCAUUUGAUGAAGACUAUCUGAACCAUCUUGACCCUCCGGUCAAACACAUGUCCUUUCAUGCCUACAUCCGGAAACUCACCGGAGGAGCAGACAAGGGGAAGUUUGUGGCGCUUGAGAAUAUCAGCUGUAAGAUUAAAUCAGGCUGUGAGGGGCAUCCGCCUUGGCCAGAGGGCAUCUGUACCAAGUGCCAGCCCAGCGCCAUCACUCUCAACAGACAGAAAUAUCGGCAUGUGGAUAAUAUCAUGUUUGAGAACCACACUAUUGCUGACCGUUUCCUUGACUUCUGGAGGAAGACAGGAAACCAGCGGAUGGGAUACCUGUACGGACGCUACACCGAGCACAAAGACAUCCCUCUCGGCAUUCGAGCAGAGGUUGCUGCCAUUUAUGAACCUCCUCAGAUUGCAACUCAGAACAGCUUGGAGUUGAUUGAAGAUCCCAAAGCAGAUGCAGUUGAGGAAACAGCUGCCAAAUUGGGCCUGCGGAAGGUGGGGUGGAUUUUUACAGAUCUGCUGUCAGAGGACACCAGGAUAGGCACUGUCCGCUACACCAGAAACAAGGAUUCAUACUUCCUGAGUGCAGAGGAGUGUAUUACUGCUGGACACUUUCAGAAUCAACAAGCCAACAUGUGUCGGCUUUCCCCAGAUGGCCAUUUCGGAUCAAAGUUUGUCACAGUGGUGGCGACAGGUGGUCCCGAUAACCAGGUGCACUUUGAAGGGUAUCAGGUGUCCAAUCAGUGCAUGGCUCUGGUGAGGGAUGAGUGUCUAUUGCCCUGCAGAGAUGCUCCUGAACUGGGCUAUGCCAAAGAGUCCAGCACGGAGCAGUACGUCCCUGAUGUCUUCUAUAAGGACAAAGACAAAUUCGGCAAUGACAUCACAUAUUUAGCCCGACCACUGCCGGUGGAGUACUUGAUUAUUGAUAUCACCACCACUUUCCCAAAAGACCCCGUGUUCACAUUCUCCUCCACACUUCGCUUUCCCAUUGAAAACAGAGAUGCUCUGGGAGAGACUCAGGAUUUCCACAGUUUAGCGACGUAUCUUUCCCAGUGUACUUCCUCCACUUCCUUUCUGGACAUCGUCUCAGACUUCCAUCUGCUUCUCUUUCUUGUCACCAACGAAGUCAUGCCUUUACAGGACAGCAUUGGCCUUCUGCUGGAUGCAGUGAAGACACCCAACGAGGAGCUGGCUCAGACCUGGAAGAAAUCUGAACAAUGGGCCACAAUUGAGCAACUCUGCAGCACAGUUGGAGGACAGUCAUCGGGAUCUCUGGAUUAUGCCAUGGGCGGUCCACCUCUCCCACAGUCCUCUUCAGCUGUGUGGUCCUGCCUCCACUGCACCUUCAUGAACCAACCCGGCACUGAGCACUGCGAGAUGUGCAGUUUGCCUCGCAGCUAAAACCCCAAUGAACCCAGGCUACACCGUACAUCCCACCGGGAACAGCAGUGAGAGCGGGUGUGCUUCCUUGUAUUCCUGCCGUUUUAGUAUGCCUAACCCUUAACUCGCCCCCUUCCUCACUGACUGUGUCGGGUCUAAUGCCGAAGCCAGCCGUGUGCUCGAAUAUGCGCCCAAUCCAAUGCUGUGAGCUGCAUCACUUUGAUGAUGAUGAUGAUUGAUGGCCGAAGAUGAUGGUCGUACCCAUGUAGCACUCUGUGUAAGCCCAGUGCAUUCUGGGACGUUUAUUUUGACAAAGCACUUGGGCGAAGCUCCUGCCACCCCACUCAUCUCCCUUUGCGGUCCAAUAUAAGCCAUUGGUGAAUCCAAUUUUUCUGAUAUUAAACACCUUUCCCCAACUCUCACUAAGGAUGUUGUGUAUAUAAUAAACAGAGAAGGAUUGAUGCUGUUAUUUAAUUUCAAAAAAGAUUUUAUAUGUUGAGGGAAAUAACUUUUGCAGGCCUAUUUUGAAGUAAACAUGCAGCCGAAGGAGAUUUGUGGUUUGCUGCACUGACCUUUUUCACAUCACCACAUCUACUUUCUUAGAUUUGUUGUGUUUCUACACUUUCUUCACCCAGCAGACAUGCCUUCUUUAAUUUCUCCACAUUUCUUCACUUUGUUUUGAUGGACGGUGAGCUUCUUUGAGCGUUGGUUCUGAUCUCUUGAUUAGAUUGAAGUUUGAAAUCCUGGCUUGGCUGCAGAGAAACCCAAAGAGUGGUUCCUUUUCCUCAAGAUUGUAAUUGACCGAUAUCUUCUAGAGGCUUGGGAAGCAAUGCUUUGAAUGUGGAUUGGUUUACAUUUGCUGUAGCCACUCAACUUUGGUGCUGGUACCCUUUUCUGCACCAUUUCUCUGUCAUCGCCUUUUCAUGAUCAAUUUCCCUUUCCGCCCCCUUGCUGCUUGUCCAGAUUUCAGUUGUGGAUCUUUUUUCUUUCAGCCCUUGAGGAGCCUGUAUCAUUGCACCUUCAAAGGGCUCUGUCAGGGCUGUCUCUAAACACGCUUGUCGACUCCACAUCUGGUGGAGAUCAAGAAAACCUGAUUGAUUGAUAGGGAAGAAACGGAGCUACAAAUAUAAAAGCAAAAGUCUAAGCUUAGCCCACUUGAUUGACAUCUUUGCCUUGGACUUGGUGUUUUUUUGUAAACCAGCCUCGUAGAUCUUCUAGAUUGGUCUGUGUAGUUCAGCAGACAGGUUUUACUGGCUGGACACAGGGUUUAUGCUGUCUUUUGACAGACCUUUUCAGUUGGUCAUGACUUCGUUAAUGAAACCAGCCCAAAGACAUGAUCACUUAAAUAUGCAUUCAGGAGAAUUUCAGCCCUCUGAAAUGAUCUACAAGUUUACACGUUUUGUAGUUUCCUCAAUUUUUCUUUCUCAAACUUCGCCCACAGUUUCUGACUCUCUAAAAGUCAGUCUAUUGGUUUGCUUAAAUGGACACACACUGAACACAAAACAAAUCUGUUUUUUGCUUUAAGAAUUUUGAGGUUAUACAUGGUCUUUUCUCUGAGCUGCAAAUAGCUGUGCUUUGUCACAAAACACAGGUGCCCUGAGUUGUAUGCUUUCAAUUGGUUUUUGGGUUUUAAAUACAAAGAAGAUAGUUCAACAAUAAAAUGGAUUCUUUUGGA